GAAAGAUUUUUGAACUGUGUGUGGCUUAUAACAAGUCAAAUAAGUUUGAGCUAAAUUUAAUUAAUUAUGUCGACUGUACCGCAUUCAAAGAAACGUGUUUGUUAUUAUUAUGAUAGUGAUAUUGGGAACUAUUAUUAUGGACAAGGACAUCCGAUGAAACCCCAUCGUAUACGAAUGACACAUAAUUUACUCCUUAAUUAUGGUCUUUACCGUAAAAUGGAAAUUUAUCGUCCACAUAAAGCAACACAAGAUGAAAUGACUAAAUUUCAUUCGGACGAAUAUAUUCGAUUCCUUCGAUCCAUACGACCUGAUAAUAUGAAUGAAUACAGCAAGCAAAUGCAGCGUUUUAAUGUCGGAGAAGAUUGUCCUGUAUUUGAUGGUCUUUAUGAGUUCUGUCAACUUUCAGCGGGUGGUUCUGUUGCAUCAGCAGUAAAGCUCAAUAAACAAGCUGCAGAAAUUUGCAUUAAUUGGGGUGGUGGUCUUCAUCAUGCUAAAAAGUCAGAAGCAUCAGGUUUCUGUUAUGUUAAUGAUAUCGUUCUUGGCAUUUUGGAACUUUUGAAGUAUCAUCAGCGCGUUUUAUACAUUGAUAUUGAUGUCCAUCAUGGUGAUGGCGUAGAAGAGGCAUUUUUCACGACUGAUCGAGUUAUGACUGCAAGUUUCCAUAAAUAUGGAGAAUAUUUCCCAGGAACUGGUGAUUUAAGAGACAUUGGAGCUGGCAAAGGCAAAUAUUAUGCUGUAAAUGUUCCACUUAGAGACGGAAUGGACGAUGAGAGCUAUGAAUCAAUAUUUGUUCCUAUUAUGACUAAAGUUAUGGAGACUUUCCAGCCAUCUGCAGUCAUCUUACAGUGUGGUGCUGAUUCACUGACUGGCGAUCGUCUUGGAUGCUUUAAUCUUACAGUUAAAGGACACGGCAAGUGCGUUGAAUUUGUCAAGAAAUACAACCUUCCAUUUAUGGUCUUGGGAGGAGGAGGUUAUACGAUAAGAAAUGUAUCCAGAUGUUGGACAUACGAGACAUCAGUUGCAUUAGGCGUAGAGAUAGCUAAUGAAUUGCCCUACAAUGACUACUUUGAGUAUUUUGGUCCAGAUUUUAAGCUACACAUUUCACCAUCAAACAUGACGAAUCUCAAUACAACAGAUUAUUUGGAUAAAGUAAAGUCUCGAUUAUUUGAGAAUCUUCGUAUGCUACCGCAUGCACCUGGCGUUCAAGUUCAACCAAUUCCUGAGGAUGGAAUCAAAAUGGAUAUCGAUGAUCAGGAUGGAGCGGUUGAAGAUGAUGAUAAUAAGGACGAACGCUUGCCACAGUCAAUUAAAGACAAACGAAUUAUGGGCGACAAUGAAUUCUCAGAUUCAGAGGAUGAAGGUCCACAAGGUGAUGGCCGUAAGAACCGUGAGUCAUUCAAAAAUCCAAGAAAGAAGCAAAAAACCGAUGGAAAAGCUGAAAUUGAUGGCGUUAAAGAGGAAAAGAACUCGUCUGAAGAAAAAACAUCAGAAACAUCCAACCAAACUGAGAAGAAAGAAGAAAAUGGAACCGCGACGAAAAAGGAAGAGUCAAAUGAACCAUUGACUUGUGAAACUUAAUUUAAUUUAAUUAAUAAUUAUAUCAUACAGAACAAUUAUCAGAAAAUUUUCUUUUUAAUUUAAGGAUAAAGAUUUAGUCUUAUUUUUUUAAAUAUUCUCCUAUCUCACAUUCAAUUAGCAAGUACACACAAUCAAAUAAAUUCAUGUAAAAGUAUUAAAAUAUGAUUGAUUUUGUCGAGAAACAUAAAAUUAAAUUUAUAAAACUA